GGUGGUAGCGCGCCUGCGCAGUGCAUCCAGGGGCUCGGCGGCGUUCGGUGCUGAAGUGGGGCGGAUGGAAGAAAAACAGCGGCGAUGGACAUUACACCGCGGGAUUCCCAUUUACGAUGUCGUUAAAUAAGCAUCGGGACAUCGCGUUUUCACACCUAUCACCCUAGGACACUGACAGCCCAACAGAAAGGGAUGCUGUACUUUUACCGCUCCCUGUACUCUCAAGCCCAUAAAUGACCCUUUCAUCGAGAACCAAGGAAGCCUAGGAGGCAACGGCGAGUGAAUCAAGAGAAAUAAGGAAAAAAGGACAGGAAGUAGUUACAUUUCACCUCAGCUCUCGUGUCCCUUUCUGUGCCUGUCGGUCAGUGAUGGUGAGACCAGUAACUUCUCUUCCUAGUGGUGAAAAGAACGUUCUCGCCUUGCCCCACAUCUCCAGAAAGCUGAACCGACGCCCAGACAGUCCACCAGUCAGUCACUCAGUCAACCAGCCUGCUAUCGUCCAGCAACCUAUUACCUCACACCAUGACUGCUCUGUCUGACCUGUUUUUAGGAACUCACUAAUUCAUGCCCCGGAGUGUGAGUGGAGUGGAGAUGAGAAAAAGGCAGGCGGCACACAUCGAGGCCCCACCCCAGGCCCCUGGACAGCCCCGACCCAACACCUGCUGCCUCUGCUGGUGCGGCUGCUGCAAGUGUCUGUGGAAUGAAGACAGGAUGGAGAGGAGUGAACGACAGACCUGCACCAAGAUGGACAGUAUUGAAGCGGCAGAAGAACAACACCCCAGUCUAGAGGAGUUGCUGUCAUGGUCACGGAGCUUUGAGAUGAUGCUGCGCUCGUUGGAGGGCCGGGAGGUCUUCCAGGAGUUCCUGCGCUCGGAGUACAGCGAGGACAACCUGCUUUUCUGGUUGGCCUGCGAAGAGCUGAAAAAGGAGACGAAUCCCUCAGUGGUGGAAGAGAAAGCCAGGAUCAUUUACGAAGACUACGUGUCCAUAUUAUCACCCAAAGAGGUGAGUUUGGACUCGCGGGUCAGAGAAGGAAUAAACCAGACCCUAGCGGAGCCCAGCAACCUGAUGUACGAGGAGGCCCAGUUCCAGAUCUACACCCUGAUGCACCGUGACUCCUUCCCCCGUUUCCUCAACUCCUCCGUUUACAGAGACCUCCUGGCCAACAGGAGGCGCACCUGCCUCGACACCUAGACCCCUCCACCCUUCCUCAUCGCCAUCGUACGCCAACGAGACUACUACUUAAACUUCAAAUACUACUAUGGUGCCAGAAGUCGGGUUUGGAAAAUCUCUCCCUCUUUUUUGAUUGAAAAGACUGAAUGACAUCCGAGAUAGCUGGUUGUUUUUUUUAUUUAUAUUUUUUAAGCAAUUUAUAUCCAGUUCUCCACUGGAGCCAGGUCGGCCUUUGCUGGUUGGUUAUUGGUCAAUUUAAGACCAUUAAUGCUGGCCAGUGAUUGUUUCGCUAGUGAUUUGUGCUGUUUGUUACGGUUGACUGGCCAACCAACGUGUCAGCUGUCGGUUGAAGUGGCCAACCUGAUGGCCAGCUGUUGGUAAACUGUGGACAAGGACUCCUCAGGCGGUGGGGACAGAAACAGAGAGAGAGAGACAAAAAAAAGGACAAGCCAACUGUUCCUGUACUGUAAUAUUUAGACCUCAUGCUUUCUACCCUCACUUUAAUAUUCUCUAACUUUACUCAUUCUCUUUAAUAUGUUUUGUUUUGUUUUUCUAAUUCUGUCCUUUUCCUCAGAUGUGUUUAAUUUUGUUUUUAAUUUCUCGUUUGUCCAAACAUGACACCUAGUUGUUGUUGGUGGGAGUUAGGGCGCGUCUGCCCAUUUAACCAGUAGAAGCACUGGCUCUGCAUGUAACUCUCUCUCUCUACAGUAGCUUGACCAUGUAAGCCGUGGACUGCAACCGUUUUUUGAAUAUUGAGAUGUAUUAAGUCUCUCUGUCUGGCUGUCUAAGUUCAGUGAAGGGAAAAAGUACACUUCUGCCAAUUUAAAGCAUACUGCAGUUUUUUUAUUGAGGAGAUUUGAUUGCUUCUGCAGCAAAGGCAGCAGCAGCACCUACCCAUCCAUCCACCUGUCCAUCCAUCUGUCCGUCCGUCCAAGCACUUUCCUUCUUUAGGAUUCUUUAACUGGGAGAAGUAAGGGCUAGAAUUGUGGUUGGGCAGCUACAUGUAUUAUUAUUACUCGUGAACUUUAAACAAAAAAAAUCUCUCCACUGAGAAAAUCACAAUGCCUUUACAUGUAAGAAAAGGCAGCACAAGCGCUGCUUGAGUUUUUCUGGAAAGCAACCACAGUUUGUCCAACGAUCCCUACCUCCCAUCUUUUUCCCACUCCCUCCCUCCUCCCUAUUCCCUUCAACUCAAACCAUCACAGCCUGACAAGCACAGGUGCCCACUGUGGGGGGGGGGGGCCGCUGAAGAAAAUCAAAACACACCCACAUUGACUCCAAAUAGUCAUCUACAUACAUUGAGCAGAAAAAGAGGGUUUUAGUGUUGAAGAAUGAAUUGAGCAUUAUGGAAAGCUGGUUCUGCUUGGAGCAGACGCAGCAGGCACUGAUCUAAUUCAAAGGGUUAUUGAGCCCUGGCCUUUGUCUGUAAGGCUUUAGCUUUAGAUGCUGUAGGUAAUGCGACAGUCCCCGGAGUUGGACGUUCAAUAUCACGCUGCAGAUUUGUGACCCGGGUGCCAAACAUGAUGUCAAAGAUGCUGUGAAGAGAUAUUAGAUGUGACUUGUCACCAGGAUGUAAAGUCUUGGUCAUUCCAGUGCAGGUCUGUUUCUCCAGCAGAUGAAGCUGGGAGAGUGUAUAGUAGUCCUUCAGUUAGCUACUGCCCAUUCAAGACACUUGUUUUUUUUUUACCAGAGCUAGAGAAGAGGGUUGGUAUAACAAUGCUAACAUGCUACCGUACUGGGCUCGCUAGGUUUCAGCAUGCUGUAGGCAAGCAGUUAGCGUGCUUGUGCUAGCCAUGCUAACCCUCCAUCUCACUGCCAGCCCUCACUCACACACACACACACACACACACACACACACACUGUUUUGUUUUUCUAAUCUGACUUUGACAGCAUGCGAUGAUAAUGGCUAUGUGUGUGUGUAUGGUACAGUUACACACUUAACAGAACAUUUUGGGAGAAAAAAAAAAAAACUUUAAAGAGGGGUCUUGCCAAAUGUCCCACUUACAUUUUUAGUCUAUAAAAAGGACAUUUAGUUUUUUGAUGAUGUGAACUUUUGAACAUGAGCUUUGUUCCUGGCCUGUGGAUGUGCAGUAGAAAGUGCAUGAGUGCAGUAUAUGCUUUUGUUUCCUUUUGUUUUUUUUUUUAAUGAACUGGGCCUCCAAGUAUAUUGAUUAUGUCACAUGAUAGAUACCAGACCUCUUGGUUUGGUGGUUAGUGCAGUCUUAAAGUGUCAAUGAAACAGUGCCACACCUCACUGAUAAAUGUAGGCAUCCACGUUGCUAUCUCCUUUAACUACCUGAAGUUCACGUGCCAAGUUUGGUCUAGAUUAAAUUUAGGGAGUAGACAUGCAGGAUGUCUGGCAGACUAUCAAAGUGCAAUUGGAUGUAGUUAGUGAUUAUAGAUUGGAGUCUACUUGAUGCUGUGUCCCACUAUGUUAGAUUGGUUUUAAAUUGUCAGAAGGUAAUCUUUUGAAUUAUUAACCGAUAUACACCUUUUAAGAUACUCAAAAUGUUUUAAUGCCACCAAAUUCAAGAAUCUGGCUGCCUCUUGUUAGCCUUGUUGAGUUCCUCUUGUUACUAGAGGAACAUAACAAGGAAACAGAUCAUUCUGUUUCUCUAAUAGAAUCUAAAUGGUAAAGCCCAUGCAAUCAUGGGACUUACUUAACUUGCAGUGCCAAAAUACCAACUGGAUGAAACUUCCAGUUCAAAACCAAGAUAUCAAAUUAACAUGAAAGCUUUCAGUUGUGAAAUAUAGGUUAUGAAUCAGUAAAAUUGACACUGUUAAGUAAAGAAAGUUUAAACCAGUAAUCAGUUUUGCAAUUAUUGAAAAUUUCCGCACGUACACAUUUAACCUUUGGCAAUACACAUGCCGACAACAUUAAUACCGAUAAGGACUUGACUGAUAUUGCUUAGCUGCUUUAAUAAAGAGCUGUGUGAGCAUGCAUGCGCUCAGUUGAUCAGAAGCAGAGGAAUACAGAGUAAUUAACCAAUUCCGAUACAAUAAGGAUCAAUUUUCACACUUACUCCUUGGAGCUGUUUUCAUUUCCGGGAUACAUAAGCAUUUUAGAUGUUGUAUUUGGACAACUCUGUAACUUUAUGACUCAGUAGAAAAAUGCCUUCUCUCUCUCGCAGACAAAUCCCUCUUCUGCACAGUAAAGCUAUGUUUCCUCGUCGCUGAGUCUACACAGUAAUUAACACGAGAAUGUUUCACCAAGAACCAGAUAAUGAAAUCAUGGUGCAAUUAAACCAAGUUUACAUUUAUAAAUUGUGACAUGUGUUUUACCUUAUUAAAUGCUCGUAACAGUGGGGAGCCAGCUGUCCCCGGUGUGAGCAGAGAAGCCAGCAGGUUUAAGGCUGGUACGAGACUCUGCCCUGUGCUAACUCACUGUUAGCACUUUACAGGGUUUACAGGGAGGACAGACACAGCAGAAACCCAGGUAACAGUGUUUUACAGGGAGGACAGAGUCUGCUUACGUCCUUUCCUCUUAAUUUAUUAUGACUUUUACACAGUGGGGAAAAGUACACGGUUGUUUAUUUUUAAUAACUGCAUUUCAAAUGUGGAUUUUACAAGCAAUGAUGAUGAUGUGAAGUGAUGUAGUGUCAUCGCUGAGUUUAGAUUUUUGUCUUUAAAUUUCCAUGGGUACCAAGUGAGUGGGUUUUUGAAACGUGGCUGUGGUUUUAUUGACUGAAAACAAGGUUGAGAGCUGAAGUGACCUGAUAGGGUGGAGGAGGUUUGCGAAGCUUUGGCCUUACUGACACGUUUUAUUUUUUUCCUUUGUAUAAAAAAAAACAACAAAACGUCUCUGUAGGCUUUUCACUACCUCUCAUGUUGGUUAAUUUAUUUCACAUCUAGUUGUCAAUGUACAAGUUGUUUUUAGAUCUACUUGAAGCCUAACACUGUAAACAAAAAUGUGCACAGAAAAAUGACUAUGUAUAUGACCAGAGGGGUUAAAGAGAGCUUGGCCUAGUCGACAUUAUUUUUUUGUUUGUAUGUAUGUUUGUUUUUAAUUGUGUUGAGCUGAACUAGAUUUUGCAUCUCUGUAAAGAAUUCAGGAAUCCACUGUCUAAGGGCUAAUCCCAUUUUUGCCUAUGCAAAUCUGUUACUGUGGGUGAGUUGGGAAAGGGCGAACUACCGCACCUUUCACCUGUUUUAGAUGGACCAUGGUUUACAUUGCCCUUUGCUGAUAUUCUUCAAUCUUAUUCAGCAAAAAUGUACGCUUAUUUUUGUUUCUAUAUAAAUAUUAUAUAUAUAUACAUAUAUAUAUAAAACAAGUAAUAUACAGAGAAAAUAGUAUAUGCCUUCGUGAUGAUAAAAAAAGAAACCUUGCUGAAAACAAAUAAAUGUGUUGUUGUCUGACAUAUGUGGCUGUGUGCUGGAGUCUUGGUAAGAUGAUAAAGACGACUGGAAAUUCAACUGACGGUUAAGCGACUGACUGUAAAGUUGACUGACUGAAGAAAACUCUCAUUACUCAGGCUACAACAGUAGUAGCUGACCCAGUGCAGUAUUGCCUAACUGAGGGGGGGGGGAAUAUUGUUUUAAGGAGAAACCACAUCAUGAGUGUCUGUGACAAAUAUUCAGCUCCAGCCUGUAAGGUAUUCGGGGCACGUAGAACUUGUCCGUGUCAUUUUUCAUUGUAACAUUUGGUCAUUUUUAAAGCAAGACUAUGUAACUUUUGCUAAACAGAGGCCAUUGUUACCACAGGUGACAGUUAAAGGACCAGUGUGUAAGAUUUAGUGGCAUCUAGCGGUGUGGUUGCACAUUACAACUGCCUCGCCUGCCAAGCACAAACGAGAAACCACGAUGGCUGAAGAAAAGUGCAAAACAACGCCCUUUCAUAUCUAGAGAUUACGCAGCAAGAUCUGUGUGACGUUUGCUUGCAUUAGCUAACAGUAGCCACCACAAGCUAGCGGUCACACCAGGCCAAGUAAGGCUGCAACACCAAAAACUUUUGAGUAUUUUGAAUUGAGCAAAGGUGCGUUUUACCGCUCAUGAAUUUUCAUUUGUAAGAGUCGGACUGUAUUAUUUCUUCAUUCAAAAGUUACAUAGUCUCACUUUGAAGGGAUGAGUUGGAGCAAACCUGGAAACAAGCUAAGUUAUUAGUGGUAUCUGCCUUUGAGAUGUGCACUGUCCAUACGUAAAUCACAUUUUAUAACCAGUAAUUCAUUGAUGAAAUAAAAAAAAUAUCCACUUCCCAUGAAGUAAUUAACAUUUUAUCGUCAUUAUCUUUUUGUUGUUUGUCAGUGGACACUGCACAGCUGUUGCGAAUUUGUAAUUAAAUGAGUGCAGCACUAUGUCAUCAGCAAACAACAGCAACUUAUUUUUCUAUUCUUCAACUACUUGUUCUUUUUGUAGCCACAUCCAGUCAGACUAUCACUGUGUUAAUACAGUAGCGUUGAUGCAGAACACAUCAGCAGAAGUGGGUUUUCUGUUUUUCUAAUCUAAGAUGUAAGAAAAAGUCAGUAAUAAGUUACUAAAAAGACCAUUCACUCAGCUCGUAUGAGCCACUUUUAGCUUUGAGUUGAGGUUUGAUUUAGGUCCAAUAAUUUAUUUUUUAACACUUUAUUUGUACAGAAAAUUUAGCUCCUGAACCGAAAUGCAAAUGAGAAUAGGAGAGUUGAUGUUGUAUAGGUAUUUCCCACAAUUCCUCACAAUGCAUCAUGGCUAAAGAAAGACAGGUUUUUCCACUGAUGCUGGUUUGAAACCUGCUUUGUGUGUUUCCCUCAGUUGGAUUUGGUGCCUCUUUAUGCUUCACAACAGACCUCAAAAUCUCUUUCUGUCUCUCUUUCUCUGUCUAUCUCACUUCCUCUCUCUGUGAAUCACACAUACACUGUUAUUAGCAGUUAGAGCAGAGACGGUCCUGUUUUACAGCAAAAAUUACACUGAUGUGUGUUCCUCCUACAUGAAUACUGUCACCCUCAUAUUGUCUCUUUUGUACCAAUUCCAGAGGUGUUUGUGCUACUUGAGGAAAGAGAUUAUGUUUGUGCGGGUACUGGUUGAAGUUGGUUUUCAACAGUUUUAGGCAAUCACUUUUCUCUUUAUUGAUUUAGAUGCCUAAGCCUCUUGGUUUUUGUCAUGCCUUUGUAGAUAGAUCACAGUCGUCGAGAGAUGAUCCGCAGGUGAAAAUAUAAAGAAUUUUACUGUCACUUUAGGCGAUAAAAAAAAGUGACAUUUUUUCUAUCCAGCAUGCUUUUUGCUAAAUAAAUGAAAUAAUUCAGUUAUUUGCUAUAAACGAUACUGUAUGAGUAUGUAUUCAAGUACUGCAGUAUGCAGACAAUUAAAAAUAUCAGAAACUCUUUUGAGAGGUUCAUAUUUUUCUUCUAGUAUGUUUCACUAAUAUUGACGGUUAUGGGUUCUUAAUUCUUGUUUUGAGUGUCUUAUGAAUUGCCAGAAUGACUAAAUGACCCUCUUUGUAUUAACAAAUCUAUGGUUGGUUAUUUCCACAUGCAUGACUUGCAGAGCAAAACUUUUACCAGGACAGUGCUAGUGCAGCGGGCUUUUUAAUAGAGUUUGGUCUGUCAACUUUUCACUGUUUUUCACUGGUUGCUUGACAACUUUUGAUGAUGACUAAGAUCCUGACUGUUUUAUUAACAUCGAGUCAACUGGGCUUUGUGGAGUAAAAUUUAUUUAUCUUGCAGAGCCUUAUCUUGCCACACAAAAAUAAUGUGACCUCUAGUUUUCAGAUUUAAAUUGCUGAGAUGAGAAAAAAAAAACAGCAGCCGUUAAGAGUGAGCUCAUGAGUUCAAUAGAUUGUGCAACUUCCUCGAACAUCUCAGAGCACUGUGUCCCUAAUCUUCGGGGUCGUGCUGCCCAAGGAUCUGAUUGCUUUUCAUCAUGACUUUGAAUUUUAUCAAAGGAAACUGAUCAUCAAUCCUUAAUCGGCAGUCGCUGUCUAAAGCACCCUGAGAUGCAGGAAUCUCUUAAGUGUAGCAUUGAAAAGAUUUUUAUUAGUCCAACCUUGGCGAAACCACAUCCUCUGCGGUAGAAUAGCACAGGAGGGACUCAUCUCAUCCAGCCUUGUCUAAUAAAGAUGUAAAUCUCUACUUCAAGACAGAGCUGGUACAAAAUUUACAGCACUAAGCAUUGGAGAAUUUGUACAUUGUGAGAAACACUUAAUUAUGUUGGUAUUGGCCAUUCUCUGCAUGAUAGUACGAUACAUAUGUGACUGUAGUUUUCACCAACGACAGGAGAAUCGAGAUCAGAAAUAUUUACAACCAAGUCUAGUUUAGAAAAUGUGGAAGACUCAACUUGACUCAACUAAUUAACAGUAGCAAAAUGUAAAAUUCUAAAAUGUGACGGGGGAGGGGAGUCUUUAAAGAAACAGUUCAACAUUUUGGGAAAUUACCCUCCAUGAUACUAACUUUCUUCUUCUUCUUCUUCUUCUUCUUCUGAGAUGAGAAGACCCCUCUCGUGCUCUGACUAUGAAGCUACAGCUAGCAGCCGCUUAGCUUAGCUUAGCUAGGACUAGAUACCUAAGACUAAAAGGGUGAAACUGUUACUGACUCUUCUAAAGCUCAAUAAUUGUAUAUUGUUUGUUUAAUGCGUAAAAAAGUGUGAAAAACAAAUAAUUGCUUUAUAAGGGUUAACGUGUCAGACAGCAAGCUAAGCUAACCGGCUGUUGCCUCCAGCUUCAUAUAUUCUCGUCUAGCGUGUUAGCUCGAGUAAAUGUAUUUCCCGAAUGUCAAAAUGUUUCUUUAAUAAAAAUAGUUGAGCUUGUAACAUUUAUAAAAAAAAAAGUAAAAACAAGGUUCAAUUUGCCUGAAUCAGUGGUCAAUGCAACUGUCCCAGUAAGUACAACAAUGCUUCUUUGGUGGAUAGUAUGUGCCAAAAUUAUAAUCGACCUUUUGUUUCAAUGUAAAGGGGUCAAAAGAAGUGUUGGAAUAUAAAAUCACUUGUUCUGUUCCUUAUGAAAACACAUUUCGUUAUUUGUCUUUUCACAUUGCUGUUGUGGGUUUGUGUCAUCUCUUUGAACCAUCCACAUAUAAUCUACUUCAUUGCCAUGUAACCAACAGACCUGAAGACUUUGUAAACAGGCACUGAACAUUUUAAAGUGUGGCUGAUGUGGAUUACAAGCAACCAUAUCAGAUUCAACGGAAAUUGUACCUGUGUCACAAAAAAAAAGGUUUUGUACUGUUUUAAUUUAUUUUAACAGGUUUAUUUGAGUCAUUGUUUUUUGUUUUAUCUCAAAAGACACAAAAAUUGUUGUUCAUCAGCCUUUAACUUCAUAUGAGUUCACGUCAACAGCGUGUUCAGUUUGUGGUAUGUUUUAAUCUACGGUUCAGUCUCUGUCUUUGUUUACACGAUGACAUCUUGCAUUAAGAGAAAACUCCAAUCUAUGGUAACUGCCCUUGAAUAUCUGUAAUUUAAAUAGUGCUGCUAGAGAAAGAAAUCUAAAUGUAACAACUUACAAUAAAUACUUAAUAGAUUUUU